GCAAACUUGACGCUGGAGCUGCUGCAAUCGAAUGAUACGCCGAAAUUUGUGCGUAAAUUAUCAAAAAGCUGCCCAGAUCCAGAUGUGCGCAAAGUUUCUAGCGAUGUGGUAAUGCAGUGGAAACGUUUGGUAGCGGCACCACCUCCUGCACCUCCGGAAGAGCCGAAAAAAAUUGGUUCGGCAAAACGCAAAUCACCUCAUCCACCAUCAUCUGGAAGCAAAGCAAAAAUAAGGAGAGAAAGCUCAGAGACAUUAAGAACAGCGGAAAAAGGGUCGCCUGUAACAGAAAGCAAAAGUGGUCAAACAGUCGACGAGUCGGGCAGAAAAUCAUCAAGCAGCAGUAGCAGUAGUAGUGAGAAAUCAGCGGAACCUUCGCCCAAAACAGAGCUGCCCAGAUGUUCGCCCGCGUCGAAAUCCAGCGAAAGUAGCAAAUCCGGAAAAACAGAAAAAUUAAGCGAAUCGGAGAAGCCGGCAGCAGCGUCGUCCAGUAAACUAAAUGAAUUCAAUAUGUUUGAAAAGCUGGGUGAAGAAAGAAAGGAAAAAAAGCGACGACCAAAAACUGCCAAAACUUAUACUUCGAAAUUCCGUUCAACGGGUACUGCUUUAGUGUCUCUUUUAUCCUAUGUUUAA